AUGGUAGGUGUCGUCUACUCAGAGUCGUGUCGAAAUCCGGAUCCGUGGACGUUUUCGUACCCAAACUCGAAGGUUCCUCCAUCCUUCCGCUUUCAGGGGCUCUGUCUCGCAAUUUCGACCUCUCGCCUUACUACGGCUGAGGGCACCGAAGCUAGGGUUCUGCGCAAUCAGCUAAAACAGAGAUGGGACUUUGCUUUACUAAGUUACUUCUUCCUGGCCAAUAAUGAUGGUGAUUCAGAUCACAACGUGGAGUUAGCUGGUGGCAAGGUUCAACUCAUCACAACUAAAGAUAGCUGGGAUGAAAAGCUAUCAGAAGCCAGGAGAGAUGGCAAGAUAGUGGUUGCAAAUUUCAGUGCAACGUGGUGUGUGAGCUGUCUGAGGAAUAUCCCUUCUCUAAUAUUCCUGACUAUCGAUGUUGAUGAGCUAACUGAAUUCAGUACAUCAUGGGACAUCAAAGCCACUCCAACCUUCUUCUUUCUCAAAGAUGGGCAGCAAGUUGACAAACUGGUUGGAGCUAAUAAACCCGAGCUACAGAAGAAGAUAACUGCAGUUGCAGAUUCGGUGCCUUCAAGUCAAAAUUGUCAAACAUAA